AUGACUAGUAAACGAUCUUUGAAAGAGUUGCUGGAGGUGAACCACGAUGAUCUGAUGGACGAGGACAGCGAGGUCUUGAGCAAAGAAAGCAAGCACGACCAGAGCUCAGACGAGGAAAUUGACGAGUCAUUGUGCGUCGAAUGCGGAGACCAGCCGCAUGAGUUGCUUUGUUUAGACUGCGAUGAGCACUUUUGUUCAGUCUGCUUUGACUAUUUGCACCGCACGGGCAAGCGCAAACAGCACAAGGUCAAACGGCUUGCUGCCGAGCAAACCGCUGCCGCUGAGACGCCUACUUCUGAUGCACACGAGGAGCCUUGCCCUGUGGAGACUGCCGAGGCUGCUGAGAUCGAGGCCCCGGACGCCGAAACAGCUGCAAUCGCUCGGUUCAAGGACAAUACGAGCUUUAUCCCUAUGCGCUUGACCGCAGAAGAGCGAAAGCUUUUCCGUCUUCUGGAGGCCGCUCUGAACGUCAGCGAAUAUACGGACAAAAUCGACGUCUACUCUUAUUCGUCGAAAGCCAAACGAAUUGUUCAGCAGCUCAAAGAAAUGUGUACGGUUCUGACCGGUCUGGUCGUGGCAAAUGGCAUGGAAGAGGGCCAGCGGCUCAUGGACGACAAGGAGUUUGUUAGAAAUGCCGACUGGUACCAAACGAUUUUUGAGAUCGGCCGCAGGUACAAAAUCAUGAAUCCGGAGCGUAUGCGUGCCACGUUCGGCAAGCUCAUGUACAUGAUUAUGGAUUCACGACUGCCUGAGGUCAAAGACAACCUUGAGUUCGAUUUGUACAAACCUAUUCUGACUGUGCAGUCCUUUUUAGAACAGCACGGAGGACUGGAGCUGUUGGAUGACCCCCUGGUAUUUGUGGCCACAAUGGAGAUCAGAUCCGAGGGACGCUCUCGACUGCAAGUCCAAAAAGACAUUAAACAAAAGGAGCUGGCAAUUGAGCGGCUGGCUCGCAAAUACUCUUCAAAACAGUUGCCGUCUGAAGGAGUACGCCAAGCAUUGUACUCAGUGGGUGACUACCAUGCAUACCUGAGUGCGAACCGCACUCCCGUGCGGACCAUGAUCGAGCGCCUCAAACAGUACUUUAACCCGGAAACGUUUGAAAACCACCACUCGCUUGGUAUUUCUGCGGGAUCCCAAGGCGCUCGUCUCUCUCACAACCAUCGUAAACAAUACCAGUACGUGCUACAAUCCCUCACUCUAUGGUCGGAGCUGAUGCGUGACAUGUACAAGCUGUGGAGCGUGGCCGAUGCGGAUAUGACAAGCGACAAGAUCAGGUACCAACUGGCAGACACUGGCCAAGGUCUCAAUCGGAUCAAGGCCUGCCCCUCCGUACACAAGGUUAUGCACAAUGUCAUCGCUCGGGCCCAGCGGGAGACGGGGUCCUGGGUCGGGUCUUCGGUUGUGCACCUUGGCGACCGUGCCGUGCCCAACGCUCUGUUCUUUUUGGACAAGUACUUGCAAGUUCCUCGCAUCUUGAAUCCCGUAAACACUGUUUUGACCCUGCUCGAUUCGGUUCUUCGCGACCCUUUUGCAUACGCGUGGGCCGAGUCGCAGUUUGGGUCGGUCGACUCGCUCAAAAAGACCAUUCUCGUCGACUUUUUCCGCCACGCCUUUGACGGGUCCGGCUCAGACAACUUCUACGACGCAGGCUCCUGCAUUGACGGCCGACUAACUUCCGCCUGGAACUGGGCAAACCUGAUUGCCAAAAAGCCUUACUAUAAAAUGUUCUUAAUCUGUGGCUUUACUGGGUUUGACGGCAGCGAGGGUUUUUGA